CUUAUCCAGUUGUGUUCUUGUUCUCGCUCUCAUUCUCCAACUCCCUCUCUCUUUCCCUCUCUCCCCCUCCUUCUCUCUCUCUCUGCACACACACACACACACACACUCUCAUAAACAUCUGGAAAUAAUCUUUUUCUUCUCACUGCCCUUUAGAGUUUAGUGCUUCUUCCAGACGACAUGGAAUUGUUUUUUGUGCCUUUCAAAGCAAGAGAUUAUCAUUGUUUGUAUCUUGUGGCACUACCCUGAAUCUAUAAAACGGUGCUGAGCAUGGCGUGGCCCAGGGGCUCCCUGCUGGCUCUCUGGCUGCUUCUGACUUUGAGCUGUGGGCUGGUGAAGUGCCAGAACGAGGACAAGGAGGAGGAGGAGGAGGAAGAGGAGGAGGAAGAAGAGGAGACAACCCCCUCUGCUGGGCAGGAGGUGCAAGCCUGUCCCCUGGACUGCACAUGUGACCAGGAGGACAUGGUGGGCUGCGGGGGUGUGAAUCUCAUAGAGUUCCCCCACAGAGUACCAGAGACCACACGACACCUCUCCCUGCAGAACAACCAGAUCAAUAAGGUCACUCUGGAGGAACUCUCCCGGCUGCACAGUCUGGAGACUCUCAAUCUGCAGAACAACAGACUCACUUCUGACGGAUUAGAAGAUGAAGCCUUCGAACUGCUGGACAGCCUGCAAUAUUUAUACUUGGCGAACAAUAAGCUCACAGUGGCUCCCAAAUACCUCCCCCCUUCACUGGUCAGUGCGGACUUCGCAGCGAACCAGCUGACCAGGAUCUACCCCUACACCUUCGGGCAGAAGUCUGGCCUCAAGUCAGUGUAUCUCCAUAACAACAAGCUGACCGACGCAGGGAUGCCUGAUCAGAUGUUCAAUGGAUCGGACAGCCUGGAAGAAUUAAUAUUAUCCAGCAACUUCCUUAAAUACGUUCCCAAGAACCUCCCUCCUGCCCUGCACAGGCUCCACUUAAGGAACAAUAAGCUGGAGAAGAUUCCUAAGGGAGCAUUCGACAGCCUGUCCAAACUGCGGGAGCUGUACCUGCAGAACAACCACCUGAGCAACGCUGGGAUGGACAACGAGACCUUCUACUACCUGAACAGCCUGGUGUAUCUGGAUCUCUCCUACAACAACCUGAGCGUGGUCCCCAGCGGGCUGCCACGGAACUUGGUCCUGCUGCACCUGGAGAAGAACGCCAUCAGGAGCAUCCCAGCCAUGGUGCUGAGUCCCGUCCGCAACCUGGAGUACCUGCUCCUGCACAACAACAAGCUGCGCUGGCAAGCCAUCCACCCUCAGGCCUUCCAGGGGCUGAAGAAGCUGCACACCCUACACAUGUACAACAACCAGCUGGAGCGCAUCCCCCGGGGGCUGCCCCGCCGCGCCAAGACCCUCAUGCUGCUCCACAACCAGAUCACCGAGAUCAGCCGCAACGACCUGGCCACCGCCUACACUGUCACCGAGCUCAACCUCAGCUACAACAAGCUGACCAGCCCCAAGCUGCACAGGGAGGCCUUCCGCAAGCUGCGCCUGCUCCUGAGCCUCGACCUGUCCGGGAACAGCCUGCAGACCUUCCCCACGGGGCUGCCCAAGAGCUUGCAGGUCCUGAAGCUGAAGGACAACGAGCUGGCCGUCAUCCCCGAUGGAGCCCUCUCCGGCAUGGGCAAGCUCAGGGAGGUGUACCUGAGCAGCAACAAGCUGAAGGUGAACUCCAUCUACCAGGGGGCCUGGCAGGAGCUCACCAGCCUAAGCACGCUGGACCUGUCCUCCAAUCAGCUGUCCCACAUCCCCUCGGACCUCCCGGAGUCUCUGGAGUUCCUCCACCUGCAGAACAACUUCAUCAGCAGCAUCACGGAGAGCACCUUCGAGAGCACGCCCAACAUCAAGGGCAUCUUCCUCAGAUUUAACCGGCUGGCUGUGGGCGCGGUGAAGAAAAACGCCUUUGUGAAUCUCAAGAGCCUGCAGGUCCUGGACCUCGGGCCGUCCAUGGAAAUGCCAGGGAUCGUCUCCAAGAACGAGGAAGGAGAGCGGUCAGAGGAGGAGGAGGAGGAGGAGGAGGAGGAGGAGCUGGACUAGAAUGACUAGAAUAAUAAACGACUGACUGAGUUUAAAUCUCAAGAGCCUGAUUGGAUCCACAUGUACAGCCUUCAAAGAUUAUCCAAACCAAUAGGGGGCUGUUUUUCUCUCAAUGCCUAAAAAAAGGCAACCUGUUUGGAAGUUGAGUGAACAGCACACAAGCAGAUGUUUCUGUCUCAAGAGUCUGAAAGAUACUUUUCUGAUUUUAGAAACAUUAUAUUGCCUUCUCUGUGUGCAUCUUUCAAGGACAACUUCCUUGCUUUAUUCAGCAUGUUUUCUACCUUUCACUUCUUACAUUAAUGGAUUUAUUCAUAUCAAGCAAACCGCUUGUCCCCACCUCUGCAAUACAAAAACGCUUUGCACAAUAAUCAGUGAGGAUUGAGCAGCCGCCAGCAGGUACUAGUGCCUAGAAAUUUCAGAAUUGGAAUUUUCAGAACACAUCUAAAUAUAAUUUCAGAAUUGGAAUUUUUAGAACACAUCUGAAUAUAAUUUCAGAAUUGGAAUUCUCAGAACACAUCUGAAUGGAAUUUCAGAAUUGGAAUUCUCAGAACACAUCUGAAUGGAAUUUCAGAAUUGGAAUUCUCGGAACACAUCUGAAUGGAAUUUCAGAAUUGGAAUUCUCAGAACACAUCUGAAUGGAAUUUCAGAAUUGGAAUUCUCAGAACACAUCUGAAUGGAAUUUCAGAAUUGGAAUUCUCAGAACACAUCUGAAUGGAAUUUCAGAAAGGUCUCCUCAUUUGGCUAUGUCAGAAUCAGGACCAGGGCUGCUAUCAGUUAGAAUGGACUUGUUUUUCCUGGAAUUAGCUUCUUACUGAUGCAAAGUCUGUAGAUGGAUUCAUUCUGUGACCUUUUUAAUAUUUCUUUUUUUGCAGCAUGUUAAAGUUAAUAUAACUUGUGCAAGCAGAUAACAACAAUCCUCUUACCUUUUCAUGAGGGAAGGUUUCAGCGCUGUUCUCCCAAUACCCAAUGCUCUACACCCACCAUCUUUACAUUGAAAUACUGUGUCUGCAACUUAUAGAAUUACCAAUGAAGUAACGCUAACUCACUCACCAUGCAUUAUUACUAGCCACAAGGAAAGGAUUUCCACAAAGCUUAUCAAUGAUUUAUACAGAGUGUUACCUUUAUUAUUUGUCGUCCACAUUGUAUUGUGCAGUUUGUAGUGGAAGCAAAGGUGAGAUGAAGAAAAGAAAAACAUACAUGUGUAACUUGGUAAAUAAUAUCUACAAAUAUAUCAAAGAAUUAAAAAUGACUUAAUGAAUGAAUGAAUUAAUGCUUAUGACCGUGGGAAACCCUGCUGCUGUCACUAGAGCAUACUGGCGUUAUUUUUUCUUUUGCAGUUUUGGAUUAGUUUAGCCCCCGUUAUGGGGAGAGUCUAAAGCCCUGUGUACCCUGUGAGGUAUGAAGGCUUGCAACCCUUUACAUUGAGCCUCUCAUUUACAUAGUAGCUACUUAGUAUAUACAUGUGCACUUGCACACAAUUACAAGGGUUAGGGUUAUAUCGUGCAAAUAGAAUUACACAUGAAGUACAUUGUAUGCAUAAUAACAUUGUAAUGAUGUGUAAGUGCACAUGUAUUUACUCUGUAACUACACUGUAAAUACACAGGAAUUAGAGACGCUUCAUGUAAAGUGUUACCGAAGGCUCUGCCUGGAGCUGAGGCUCUAUAAGAAUUAAAGUCAGUUCUGUAUGAAUGUGGUUUCUUCUCAAGAUCACAAACAUUAUUAUAUACUUCAGGGUGUGUGUUUUAUAUACUUCAGGGUGUGAGUUUUAUAUACUUCAGGGUGUGAGUUUUAUAUAUUUCAAGUUGACGAGCAAUUUACAGAAGCAUUUUCCCAAGAUUGUUCAGCUGUAUAUUACACAUCAAAUAAAUAAAUCUUUGCGUAUA